CCCCGCGUGCAGGCUCCUUGCGCCAGGGCUUGAGGGCGCCGCGGCCGUGGGGAGAAUGAGCCGCAUCUAUCACGACAGCGCCCUCCGGAGCAAGGCGGUUCAGAGCGCUCGGCUGCCCGGGGCCUGGGACCCCGCCGCCCACCAGGGGGGGAAUGGCGUCCUGCUGGAAGGAGAACUGGUCGAUGUAUCUCGGCACAGCAUCUUGGAUGACCAUGGCAGGAAGGAGCGCUACUAUGUGCUGUAUAUCCGGCCUAGUCACAUCCAUUGCCGUAAGUUCGACCCCAAGGGAAAUGAAAUCGAGCCCAACUUCAGCGCCACCAGGAAGGUGAACACAGGCUUCCUCAUGUCAUCCUAUAAGGUGGAAGCCAAGGGGAACACCGACAGACUCACGCCUGAGGCGCUGAAGGGGCUGGUGAACAAGCCAGAGCUGCUUGCACUGACGGAGAGCCUCACCCCCGACCAGACAGUGGCAUUCUGGAUGCCUGAGUCGGAGAUGGAGGCCGCGGAGCUCGAGCUGGGGGCUGGGGUACGGCUGAAAACUCGAGGCGACGGCCCCUUCCUGGAUUCAUUAGCCAAACUCGAGGCUGGAACAGUGACCAAGUGUAAUUUCGCUGGUGAUGGGAAGAUGGGGGCAUCCUGGACAGACAAUAUCAUGGCCCAAAAGUCUUCAGAGGGGGCUGCAGUGGAGACCCGAGAGCAGGGGGACGGCACCGAGGACGAGGAGUGGGACGACUGAGGUCAGUGAGAGAUGGGGUGCCUCCGGAGCCCACUGUUGAGCAUUUCUUCCAUCAACUUUCACUCUGGAGCUCGAGAGAGCAGGUCCGCCAAGCCUUGCCUGGUUCUUCCCUACAGCCACUGUGGAAUACCCUUUGAACAAGCUCUGCUAAAAUCAAAUGCAAGACCCUGACGUUAGACGUGGGGCCCCAGCCUGUGGCUCAUGGAGGGUCCCUUCCUGGAUGUGAGUCUAGCCUUCCUAGACAUUUUCAUGGUGGCCCUCACCCUGAGUGGCAGCCUUGUUUCUGGAGGCAGGCAGGGGGCAAGUCCCCCAGGGCAGUCAGAAGAACUGGACUUGGUUUUGGUGCAGAACUGGUGGGGAAUCCCCCAUCUGCAUGUAGAGUGGCUCAGAGGGGAAGUUAGCGGGGCCUCCUUCUUCUGUCCUUGUUGUAUUUCCUGCUUUCCUUCUGCAAUUGCCCUCCUCCCCAGCACUCUGUGCCAUAGCCUCUGCCCUCCUGCUCAGGCCUCCUUGUCCCCUGUGCCCUUUUCAGUCCCCAGAGCUGCCAGUUCUUUAUUCCUCCUCUGGUUCUCUGCCACCCUGGGGGUUCCUGUCUCCUGACCUCCUUUGGCGGCUUUCCUGGGAAUGCUCUUUUCAGGGAGGCUGAGAGCGUUCACAGGUGUGGCCAGCUGGUCUCCAACUCUCUGACUCAUUCUGCCAGGCCACAUUUUGGACAACACCUUUUUUCUUGUGUUGUACCUUGAGAACUUUUUACGAAUGAGUAAAUCUUCAGGAA